GAGAGAGAGAGAGAGAGAGAGAGAGAGACUUGUCAGUCGGUAGCUGUGUUGUAGCAGAGGCUAUACUGUAGUUGUGUAGCUGCUGUAUAUUUGUUAUUUCUGUGUUCAUACAUAUUUCUGUGUUUUAGUGUCGCAAUCAGUAGUGAGAGGGAGUGUGUGAGUGAUACCGGCUUCAAAUCUCUGAUUUCUGUCAGUGUUCAGGCCUGUCUGAGCACAAACACACUUACAGGACUGAACUGACUUCACCAUGGACAAAGCAGAUUUCCUGAAAGGCCUACCUGUGUAUAACAAGACAAACUUCAGCAGAUUUCACGCGGACUCUGUAUGUAAAGCAUCGAACAGAAGGCCAUCAGUGUAUCUGCCUACACGAGAGUAUCCCUCCGAACAGAUCAUCGUCACAGAGAAGACAAACAUCCUUUUGCGUUAUCUUCAUCAACAGUGGGACAAAAAGAAUGCAGCUAAAAAGCGAGAGCAGGAGCAGGCAGAAGGGGAGGGCGGCAGUCCAGCACCUCCCCGCAAAAUCGCCCGGACAGACAGCCAGGAGAUGAACGAGGACUCAUAGAGUAACCCACCAUCCAACAGCACAAGAACGGACACAACAAGCCCAAACACCCGCACACCACACAGGAAUUUCAUCUCAGAAAGAAAGAAAUGGAAGAACACUUCUCUUACAGUGUGUUUUUUUUUUUUUUUUUUUUUUUAAUUUUACUGAGUGCUUCCUGAUGCAGUCAGUGCCCCUCACCCAGCCUGUCUGCCCAGUUAGAAACGUGUGGGGCGCGACGGGUUUCCACUGCCAGCUUUGACGAUUCAGCUGAACUCUGAACAGCGAGGGGGGCCGGGUACAGAGAUAUUCAACAAGCACAUAAAAACGAAUGUCUGCUAUGAGGACGUGUGUGAAAUUUUAAUUUGUUAGGACACUAUUAAUGCAGUGUUUAAAAGUUUAAAAACACCCUAGUAAUCUCAGCUGUGAAUUACUGCUUUCAUCAUAUACUCCGAACACAGGGUCUCGCUUCAGUGUCCAAAAAAGGGAAAUUUCAGAAAUGUACAGCCACGUUCGGCAGAUUUAGAUGUAGUUUUUUGUGUUGGUAAUGUGGCAGUCUUCCUAGCAGGUGCAUACUUGUGCAUGAAUGCACUGUUAGGACUGUUUUUCUGUCGUCACAGGUUGAGGAUAACAUUUCUGGUGAUGUGAAGAAAUACAAAUGUCAGUCUCUUUCCACUUCCCCCGUUGUCAUAUAGGUUUUCAGUGCUGUGUUCGUUCCAGAAUCAUAAAUGGAUCACUUGCCUUCAGAUGCCUGACUCGAUCUCUGACUUGAUCCCUGUGCGCCGAUUCAGUUUGCCUUCUAAAUAUGAUGGGGGCUUUCCAGGUUCCAGUUUAAUAGUGUCUCUCCUUUGUCUGGAUUUGUAGUUUCAUUUUGGAGUUGUUUUAAGGUGCUGCUAUGCAGCAGUUCCUGUCUCAACCUGCAGAGGGAGUUAGUGAGCUGUGGUUGUGGAUGGUUGGGUACAAUAAACAAGAGGAGCUUUACACAUGAGGCUUAAUACUUUCAGCCAAUGUGCGUUGAGUCCACAACAUAUUCUGUGUUUUCGCUAUGGCUGGAGACACGGUGUUAGGUUAAGUCAGCUGUUUCAAGUUUGUUAGUUUGUUCUUGUUGAAAAGAUGUAUUGAAGCCAUCAACGUUAACAAAAAAGAAUGCAUGCAACAUUUUGAGUAAAGGAAGCUUUUAAAACCUCUUGGGGGGGAAGUGUGCAGAAAGCAGCUCAUCUUGAGUCUAAAUCUAGCUGAAAGAGUUACAGCAUUACUUACACCUGCAUUUGUAUGUUCUUGUUCUUAUGAAGCCUUCCCAAAUUCUGUUCGAGGUCAACGUUUUUUUUUUUUUGUUUUUUUUUUUGAGAAUCAAUAAAAAUGAGAUUAAAAACUG